AUGGAGUUUGAAGGUAGUUGGGACAAACACUUGCCUUUGAUAGAAUUUGCUUAUAAUAAUAGCUACCAAUCGAGUAUUGGAAUGCCUCCCUAUGAAGCUCUAUACGGAUGGAAAUGCCAGACCCCUCUUUGUUGGAGUGAAGUUGGUGAAAGAAAGCUUCUUGGUCCUGAAAUUGUGCUUGACAUUGAAUAUCAAGUGGGAGAUAAAGUAUUCUUAAAGGUGUCUCCAUGGAAAAAGAUUAUGAGAUUUGGAAAAAAAGGAAAACUUAGUCCCCGAUUCAUUGGACCUUAUGAGAUACUUGAAAGGAUUAGACCAGUUGCAUAUAAAUUAGCUUUGCCACUGGAGUUGGAGAAGAUCCACAAUGUCUUUCAUGUUUUUAUGCUUAGAAGAUAUCGUUAUGAUCCAUCGCAUGUUCGUCUAGUUGAAUCUAUUGAGGUUAAUCCUGACUUGACGUAUAAUAAAGAACCUAUUCGGAUUGAAGCUCGAGAAGUAAAUAAACUUAGAAACAAGAGAAUUCCCUUAGUAAAGGUGCUUUGGAGGAACCAUUCUGGAAAGGAAGCUACCUGGGAAAGAGAAGAAGACAUGAGGACCCAAUUUCCGCACUUGUUCCGGGACUAG